AUGGCAAGGAGAAGCCUUGCGUCCCCCAGAUUGUCUCCCUCAGUCCGUACCAUCACGGUGACGAGCACCUCCGCGAAGAAGGACAAGGAUAAGUGGCGUGGCCUCGUGUGCAUGCUCAGGCGCAAAAAUCAAAAGAUAGAGGACUAUUUAGACGCGGUGAAGCGGGUCGAGGAGAGAGCUUGUGCCUGCUAUGAGGGGACAAUAAAGAUGCGCAAUGAGGAGUUUGUAAUGAUGAUGGUUCUCGAUGGGUGUUUUGUCAUCGAGUUGUUCUGGGGAUACUCCAUGGGGUUUGAUAAACUUGGUUACAUUCCUAAUGACCCCGUCUUCUCCUCGUCGCGGAGUUGGACGCACAUUAUCUUGCAGGACAUGAUCUUGCUCAAGAAUCAGAUCCAACUCUUCAUUCUCGACCUGCUGUUUUGCCUUCGGCUUAGCCGACCUAACCAGGAUGGGGUCUUGGCCAAGCUAGAGCUCCAGUUUUUCUACUCUCUGAGGCCAACAGACCGCCCCUUUAAUUGCCUCGGUAGGAGAAAGCUGGAGUUUGACUCGUUACCCUUUGAGGGCGAGCUCCAUUGCCUCGAAUUGUUCUGGCGGAGCCUCUUGUACUCGGGCCUAAAGCCUGCAACAACCCAACAAUCGUGA